CAAAUCAGGGCUGAUCAUGUUAGGUUUGAGACGUAUAGUUUAGUGGUUUGCGCGUGGUAUUAGACCUGUAUUUGUUAGUUACAAUUAGUGUGGAUGUGAUUGCAUUAGAAAAUUAUAGUAUGUUUUAAAGAAAUAAUAAGUUGCAAAGUUUUGAAAUUUAAUUCAUUAACAAACCAUUUAAUUAACGUUAGUAACCUUAUCAAUGUUAUAUAAUAAUUAUUUUAAAAUACAAGUCAGUCACGGAAAUUUGUUUUAGACUUUUAAUUUAGGGGAAUAGACUUAUAAGUUAUAACUUAUAGAGGACAGAAGAAAAUUAAUCAAAAGUUGAAUUCCAAAUAAUUCAAGUAUUUGAAAUGAAGGAUCAAGACCUAAAAGAAACGGGUAACAAGUGUAUAAAAGCUGAGAAAUAUGCUGAAGCCGUCUUUCAUUAUACUCAUGCUCUGAAGAUAGAUGACUCUAUUUAUCAGAUCUACAGUAAUAGAUCUUUUGCUUUUCUCAAGAUGCAACAAUAUUACUAUGCCUUGCAAGAUGCAAAUAAAGUUAUAGAGCUGAAUCCAGAAUGGGCCAAGGGAUAUUUCCGCAAAGCUGAAGUAGAAUAUCAGACACAGCAUUAUGCAGAAGCUUUAGAAUCAUACAGAAAGGCUCUUCAGUUACAAGAAGAUGAAAAUGGUCUUGUUGAAUUAAUAAGAAAAACCAAACAAGAACUUGUGAAGCAACAAAAAGAUGAUCAACAAGUACCAUGGGUUGCUGCAGGAUUUGGAUUUGUUUUAGGGAUCCUUGCUGUUAUUUGUGCGUACAUUCUUCCUAAGACGCCAUACAUUAAUAAUGUUUUCUUGCAAGUCUUUAUAAUAAUUUUGGCUGGAGUGAUGGGUUUUUAUACUGGAAAGCUGCACAGAUACUCUCUACAGAAAAGCAGGAAAGGGUUUUUGGAGCCUCCUAUAGAUUUGUUUGGUGAAGAUUCAACAGACAGUCUCUUUACACAAAGUAGCAACAGUUCAAGUCGUCAGGAAGUAAAUAAAAGAAAUUCAGCUAGACAGCGUCAUUCAGUAAAGACAUGAAGAGAAGGGAAAAUGUCUCUUACAAAAAUUAUUAUUCUAGUCUUUUUUAUAUAUAUAUAUAUAUAUCUUUGGUGUAUGACUAGAACUAUUGUCAUGUAUAUCUGUUUAUUAGGACUAGUAAGUUUAAUUUUACAUAUUCCAUAUUAUCAUAAAAUUUAGGGGAAAUUCAAAUGUGGAUUUUAUUUUCUACACAGAAUUUUAAUGAUCUAAUUAAAUAAUUUGUAAAUAAACUGAUUUAUAAAACAACAGCCUGUUGUAUUUAAUGGAAGUUAAUUAAAUAAAUUAGAAGUGGAUUUUGGAUAUAUCUCUUUACAGAUAAAUUGUAAUGUGGCUAAAAAGUUGUAAUAAUGUAAUUUUUGACUUUUUCAAUCUUUUUUCAAGACAAAACUGUCGUGGUGGAUAAAUUAGAAAAGUGGUCUCACCCAUUUAAACUUGACAGUCAUAUAAUGAUUUAUGAUCCCAAAGAUAGUGCCUGGUACAAGGUACUUUUGGGGUAAAACUUCUUACAAUUAAAGGCAGUAAACACUUCACAUUGCUGAGUAGUGACUAUUUCAUCAGUAGAGUAUUUGGGUGUAGUUAAGUUUGCUAUAUUCUGAAUGGAUGUAACUUAUAAUGAUAAUUAUAUUAUUCUGCCUGGAGAAGCCAUGCAUCACCUUGAGUCAGAUUGUUUUUUUGUUUUUAAACAAAAGUUAUUUUAUUUCUGUUAAAUGUAUGUUAUGUGCUAGACUUGGGCUCUCCUUCAGGACCCCAUAUUUAUAUAAUGAAUACAUUAGGUGUCUAUAUUGACACUUACUGCCCGACCUAAUAAGUCUGGUGAUUUUUCCCGAGAAACUUCACUGAAUGUCUUGGAUGGUCUAUUUUGAAAAAAUUAAUGCACUCUGAGAGACAUAACACCUCGGUUCUGUUUUUCUAAUUUUUGAAACAUGAGGUAAUUAACAGGGACAGGCAAUAGUAUUUGUAUUGUUUUACUAGUAGUAAAAUUUUUGAACUGUCAGAAGAAUGUUUUCAUUAAUCAAUGGAACAGUGUGGCCAAAGAGGUUAGUGCUUCGGUCUUGUAAUCGAAAUGUUACACAUGCUUGCCUGCAUCUAGUCAUGUCCUUGAGCAAGAUGCUGUUACCCGAAAUUUGCUUAGGUUUACCCAUAUGUACAAUGGACAUCAGCCAAUAAGUGGGGGUGGUGGUAACCUAAAAUGAAUUGACCACCUUAUCCAAGGAGAAUUUUAAAACAUUCACAAACGUUUGUUGUGCUUCUGAACACUAGUUAUUCACUUGUCCAUGUGUCAAAUGGCUUUCAAUAACAUUGGAGUUUAAGGCAUAAAUUAUAGAAAAUAGUGAAGAUACUAAAAUUUGGUCUUUGGCUCUGAUUAUAAAAUACACAAGACAUUAGUUUCUUUAGCAUGUGCUUUUCGAUAUUUAUUCGUCAAGUCAAAUUCGUUAAUCGUACAUUUGUAAGUUCACUCUUUUACAUAUGAUAAUCAAAAACUAAGUUUUAUUCUGAGAGCAUUGUACAAUACUUAUUCAAUAAAUGUUGUGUUUGUAAUUUUUAAUAGUAAAACCUUGACUAUUAUUAUGGUUCACUGUAUAAAGCAAGAAAUACAGUAUGGCUUGAGGUGGGAGGCCCAGAAAAAUUUUAGACUCGUAUCCAUGAUGUAAUGACGAGUCAACCCCACAAAAGAUGUACUAAACUACAGUCCUACUAUUGUAUAUAGAAGCACAUAAAAAAAGAUUAAAGCUUAUGGAUCAAGUCAUGAUUAUUAUAGUGUGUGUGUGUGUGGGUAGGGGGAAUAUGCAUUGUUUUCU